AUGACCGAUUGCCCUGAGGGUAUGAAGGACAUUUGGGCGUCGAAGGAGGAGCUGAAGGCGAAAGCAGAGAAGGCGGCGAAACGGCAGAAAUCUGCCAAGGAGAUCGCUGAGGAGGAAGAGGCCAGGAGGGAGGUGGAGGAGUACAAUCAGGCUAAGUAUGGAGGAAAGUCUCUGAUGGAGAUUUACUCUGAAGGGCAGUUCGACAAGAAGGAGCAAGUUGCGCAACUGCGGAAAUUGAGGUCGGGCAAGGUGGAUCUGUGGGGGAAGAACGCCUCUGCCCAGCGCAGGGAGGAGACGUUGCGGCAGAAGAGGCUAGAAGGGAAAGAUGAUGAUGCUUUGAUCAACAGCGGAAUGUUCAGUAUGACUUGUUUGAACUCUGGCAGACCUCACGUGGCGUUUUAG